AUGUUUUUUCGAGAGACACGGGAUGUCUUCUUCUAUCAAUGGCUGCUGCUGUACAAAGCCCACCGUUCUGCGCAGGAGCUUCUGCCCACUGAAGCAUUGAAGGUGGAGCAAGCGAGGAGGCACCAGGCAGCGGCGGUGCUGCUGAUGCCCGAGUGUUGGGCCAACGAUGUCUGGAUUGAGAAGCACCUCGCGCGAAACGGACAUCGAGCUGAUUACAUCACCACCAGACUGGCGCAGCUGCGCGCGGAACGGCACGCACGCCUUCCAACUCUGAACAGAGAGCAGCAGCGGGUCCUGGAGGUGGUGCUGCAGUACACAGAGCAGCGGCAAGAUGCUUUAGAGCACAAUCCCACAGCCAGGCACUUCUGCUUGACGGGUGGCCCGGGCACUGGUAAAACGGUGGUGGUGGAUCAUUUGGUGGAGGACAGCAGUGCCCGAGGAUGGAACGUGCUGUUGCUAUGCCCUACGGGGAAGCUGGCCUGCCGGAAAGUGCACCAGGAGGGCGUGACAUCCAUCACCCUGCAGCGGCUCGUGGCUAUGGAGAACGUCACUUCAAUGGCGAAUUUUGCUAGCCAACACGUGGUCUGGAUCCUGUGUGAAACCGGCAUGGUGACGCGGAACCAGUGGGAGCAGCUCUACUAUGUCUGGAAGGCUUGCGAGUGCAGCCCGACCCUAUUGGCGGAAGGAGAUUUCCAACAGCUCCCACCCCCGGUGCAGGAUGCAGCAGCAGAUGCGCGGCACUCCGCCAGUUUGCACUGGGAACGCGCUUUCCGCCUGACUGUGCAGCACCGCUGCAAGGACGCGGACUCCGAGUUCCGCGUCUUCCAAGACGAAAUCCGUGCCCAGCAGCCGGCACGAGAACGGAUCGAGGAGGUUCUGGGUGGCUGCCACUGGAGCCAGGACGUGGAUGGCGCGUCGGUCACGGCGGCGCGGAAGCACCUCCCGGAAGCGCUGGUACUGUGCAGCACCCGGGCCAUGCAGGCAGCUAUUAACGCUGCCGCCAUCGAAGCGGAGGAGCCACACUUUGUUGUUUCAUCUAAGAACUGGCUUACAAUAAGUAGAGAAGCAUAA